UGGGAUGAAGGCAGCGUGGACAUCAAAGGCCGCCGGUACCCGGCGUACAUGAUGCAGCUCUACCGCUCCCUUCUGGCGGGGAACAGCCUGGCCCGGCCCGCCGCGGACGCCUCGGCGCUGCAGGAUUCCGACUCCGUCCUCAGCUUGGAGGCGAAAAGUUCUUUCCAGUUUGCCAACCACUGGGACUUCUCUUUCGACAUGACCUCUAUUUCCAGCAACCAUGAGGUAAGACUGGCGGAGCUCCGUGUUCGACUGCUGCCCUUCUCUCAGGCUGGAAAUGUGACUGUGAGCAUCUACCAUAGCCAUGGGCACACAUGUCAUGGGAAUCAGACCUGCACUAAUAAACUCUUCCUCGGCUCCUUCAUCAGCUCCUCCUCCUUCAGCCAUUCUUCGUGGAAGGUGUUUAAUGUCACCAGCAUGCUCCGCUUCUGGCUCCACCAAGUUGUGAAUUCUGGGGCUGAUGAGGACACUCCAGAGGCCCAGGACUGGGAGGAAGGAGACCUCUCUGGGAACAAUGGUGGAGGAGCAGCCAGUUUGUUCCAGGGUAGAUUUGGGCAUAAUGACUCCAGCCAAGCACAACAAGCUGUCAUGACCCAUAGCGUGGCUGAUAGGGUGUUACUUGUCGUCUUCUCCAAAGAUAAGUUCUCAGCUUCCUCUCCUGGCCCAAGUCUCAUUAGGACUGUGGAGAUGUCAAAACACAUCAUGUCGGACAACACCUCCAAAGAAAUUGGGGGCCGUCGGCACCGGCGGAACAGAAAGCAAAAGCAAAGGAUUAAAGUGACUGAUCUGCCCAACACCAACUUUGGAGAGGAAGGCCGAUCUCUGUGCAAGAGAGUAGACAUGAUGGUGGACUUUGAACAGACUGGCUGGGGAAGCUGGAUUGUGUACCCCAAGAAGUUCAACGCAUACCGCUGUGCAGGGGACUGCCCAUCACCGGUAGAUGAGACCUUCAAGCCAACCAACCAUGCAUACAUUCAGAGUUUGCUCAAGUUAUACCAGCCCAAUCGAGUGCCUUGUCCGGUCUGCGCCCCAGUCAAAAUGAGCCCGCUGUCCAUGCUGUACUAUGAGAAAGGGGAGGUGAUGCUCCGUCAUCAUGAGGACAUGAUCAUAGAAGAAUGUGGCUGCAACUGA